GAGGAACUCCCUUUAAAUGGAUCAAAAACAAAGCUGCUCAAUCCUAGGGGGGGAAUGCACUUUCAACAUGUAUUAUCUAAAGAAAAAGAAAAAGAAGCAGAUAAUAAAAAGGAAGAAGAAGUGACUGUAACAGCCCUGCAAAAAUAUGACGGAUACUUGAUAAAGGAGCCUGAGAAUUAUAUUUAUCAAUCAAGAAUAAUUGAUUCAAAUAUAUAUAAACCACAAGAAGAAGACUUUACUUUAGAUUCUUCGCUUUACUUUAAAGAACAUAAGCUUAAAGAAGACACUAGCUCCUUACUAGACAAAAAUAAUAAUGAUUAUCUAUUUAUUGACCCAUUACAGUUCACGAUGAUUGGGCAUUGGAUGUGGAAGUAUACACGAAAAGCGAUAGGGAAUGGCUUUUCGAGAAAUAAGCAUAGACGUUACUUUUGGAUUUAUCCUUAUACGCGAACACUCUAUUGGAGUGCAAAUAAGCCCACCAGAACUAAUCAUAACCCAUACAAUACCAAGUGUGUAUUUAUCAAGUCCUUUACGGUAGCCAAAGGUUCAGAUAAUAAGUUAAAUCCGCCAAACAUAUUUAUAAAAACAUUCUCAAAAGAUAUACAAAUUCAAUGCAUUGACUUACCUACUCAUUCUAUUUGGAUAAGAGCAUUAAAAUACUUUUUAAAUGAUAGUACUUCCAAUACAGAACAAACUGAUUCAGAAAAUGAAUUUGUCAUUUCAGAUAAAGGGAAUCACCAAUUUAAUAUCAGAGCAGAGUGACAUGCAUUUAUACCAUUUCUCUGAUUUAUAGCACAUCUGUCGAAUAAUAAACCUAC